AUUUUUUGUUAAUUUUCCUGACAUUUUCCUCCUUGUUUUGGUUUUAAUAUUAUUUUCUUUUCAAAUCCCACAAUAUGACUUUAACUGAUUACUGUGAAUUAAAGCAAAAAAUUGUGAUCGGUGUUGGUGAAAGCGAUAAGCAUGGACAACUCGUAAGCAUGUUAAAGAAUUUAUUCAAAGAUGAAAUUAACUCUCCAAGGCGAUUUGAACAAAUCAAGACAAUCGGCCAACUUAUUGAAAUUCUAGAGAUAAGGGAUAUCGUUUCAGAGGACAACGUUACUAUAUUGAAGCAUAUAGCAGAGAGAUUGACUAAUAGAGAGCAACUUUUGGACAGAAUCAAACAUUAUGAAACAACACAUAUUCCCAAAACUAACCUAAGUUAUUAUGCUCAACCAAGCAUUCCUGAACCAGUUUCUAACGAAACAAGCUUUUUGAGCACAAACCCUCUACCAACCACUAUGAGUGCCAGAAAAAAGGAACGGAUAUAUGCAAGAAUAACAGAAGGAAUUGGAAUCAAUUGGAAAGACCUGGCACGAAAUUUGGGUAUCCGAGAAUGUAGAAUUGAUGAACUAAAUAUAGAAUACCCAACUGCUAUAUCUAAAGCUACCAAAGUUUUAGAAGAGUAUGAGACAACUAGAGCUGAUCCUCAAAGAUGGUUUUUAGUGUUGUGUACAGCACUUGAGAAGUCUCGCAGAAGAGAUUUGAGCAGAAUGAUUCGAGAAAUUGAAACUAUGAACCUAUAAAAUCAGUGAUAUAUUAACUAAAAUAUAAAGAAUGAGAUUACGAGAGAUUUCUACAUAAGAAAGUCAAAUGAAAAUAAGAUUAAAAAUGAAAAUAUUUAUUUUUAACAAUAUAUGCUUUUUGCAUUUUACACCUUAUAGGCUAGAAAGGCACAUAAAUCAGGCUAUAAAAUAAGUUUCUUAUAGAAUAAUUAUUAUAAAGUUAUUGUUUUAGAAUAUCUAUAAUAAACUUUUAGUUAC